UGAUUUUAUCAGUUUCUAACUUCACGGUAGAGAGUUAGAAAACAUUGUCUAUCGAUAAAAGCACCGCUUCGCAUAUCAUAAUUUCACAUUCACUGAUGUAACGAGUGGUUUCAUUUUAUUUCUCUUUUCCCGCUGGGCGAUCUGUCGUCAUCUCAUACUUGCACGCUUCCAUUCAACCCGUAUUAUUGAGUGACGGUGAUUAUAAAAAUAAGAGUAGAUGUAUUUUGUGAUCACAUUCGGGAACAUAGUAUCUGUUCACCUGCGAUAAGAAAGCAUCGGUUGAUAUAUUUGUCUUCCUGCAAGUAAAAUGACAAUGAAGCCGAAAUAUCAAAGUCUGGAUGCAGAAUUAAAUGAAAAGUCUCCUAUUUUGGGUACAAAUGAGACACGAUGUACCUGUGGUUUUCCUGCCCGAUAUGCUCUAGCACUGUUGGGAUUCAUCGGAAUAUUCAAUGUAUACGCAAUGCGCGUUAACCUUAGUGUGGCGUUGGUCGCCAUGGUCCGAAAGCCUCAUCUUCCAUCGGAACUCGAGAGCGAAGGAACGGUUAUUGCUUGUAGGGAGUUGGUGAAACCGUUCAGUUAUACGAAUACUUCUGCACAAGAUCUCCCCCGGAAGGGUGAAUUUGACUGGGAUUCUAAUACUCAAGGUUUAAUCUUAGGAUCUUUCUUCUAUGGAUAUGUUGCAACCCAGAUACCAGGUGGUAUUAUAGCGGAAAAGUAUGGUGCAAAGUGGUUGUUCGGGGUUGGAGUUCUCAUCACUGCAGUUUUCACGUUAUUGACACCUGUUGCCGCCCGGUUGAGCGUCUGGGCUCUAGUGGUCACUCGAAUCAUAGAAGGAUUAGGAGAGGGUGUGACUUUUCCAGCCAUGAAUGCACUAAUAGGUCGAUGGGUGCCAAAACUGGAAAGAAGUAGAAUUGCUACUCUCAUCUAUAGUGGGAGUCCUCUUGGUACCGUUGUUGCGCUUUCUGUUUCUGGAAUUUUGAGUGCUUCCGAUUUCCUUGGUGGAUGGCCUUCCGUUUUUUAUGUUUUCGGCUUAGUGGGAAUAGUUUGGUUCUUCUUCUGGAUAACUCUCGUUUUUGAGUCACCUGACGAACAUCCUCGAAUUUCCAAAGAAGAGCUCAAUUAUAUACACCAAGGCCAAGACAAAAUGUCUCGGAAUACUACUAUUCCUUGGAAAUCAAUACUAACAUCAGUACCAGUAUGGGCUCUCGUUCUUACUCAUUUUGGACAAAAUUGGGGAUUUUAUACCUUGCUUACUGAAAUGCCCACUUAUCUUUCCAAUAUUCUCCAUUUUGACUUGAAAAAGAAUGGAACUCUUUCUGCUCUUCCUUAUCUUAUGCAAGCAGUUUGUGCAAUGCUAGCCAGCAUAUCAGCAGAUAAACUUCGUGCCACCAAUCGCUUUACUAUCACUACGAUAAGGAAAAUAAUUAAUUCUAUUGCUUUCUUUGGUCCUGGAGUAUGCGUGCUUGCAGUGGCUUUCGUAGGUUGUAAUCCUGUCAUAAUAGUAGUUUUGUUAACAGUAUCGCUCGGACUGAAUGGAUUCAUGUUUUCUGGCUUCAAUGUAACUCAUGUUGACAUGAGCCCAGAAUUUGCAGGUACACUCAUGGGCAUAACAAACUGUUUUGCAAAUUUGGCGGGUUUUUUAGCACCUGCCUAUGUUGGAUACAUUACACACGAAGGGCAAUCUGUAAAAAAUUGGGGAAUAGUUUUUCUUACAGCAGCAGCGGUCUAUUUCUGCUCAGGACUGCUGUAUGAUUUUUUCUGUUCUGCUGAAUUACAGCCAUGGGGCCGGUCUCAAGAAUCCGAAGCGUCUGAACAAGGUGACAAUAAAAGUCAGUGUAAAAAACCGUCCAUAGAAAAUGUUUCGACGUGGGCACAACCAUCGGAAAUGCAUAAGCAAGUUGACAGCAUUAAACGGAAUACAAAACUUCCUGCAUAGAAGUUCUUAGCUUUGGGAUUUAUGAAAGUCGGGAAGCCAAAUCCUCAGCUUACCGUAGUGGUUUAAAGCAGAUGAAGAGAUAAACUGGACUGAGCUGGAAAAAAAGCGUCUAGCGAUGCAUAUUCGUAACAGAUGCUUUUCGUGACAGAAAUGUAAUACAUAUUCCUAACAGAAAACUCACUCAAAUGUAUUGCAUUAAAUAUAAAGGUCAUUUCGUAUUUAUUUCCAUCAACAAAAUUGUACUGAGGAAAAAAGGAAUUCCAAGUGUCAUCAAGGAGCUUUUAUAGGUUCAUCGCAGUAUUUAAUCCAUCGGUAAGCUAGAGGAGAUAAAUCCACCACCAAUAAUUUUGUUUUGCUAGAAUGCUCAAAUGAAAUGUAUUGCACAUAUUUAAAAUUUCUAAAAGAACUGUGAAAGUGAAAUGAAAUACAUGAUCACUAGAAUAUCAAAACGGAAUUUUAAGCGGCAAUAUUUGCUGUGUAAUCUAUUGUUAAUGUACACCUUACCAAAAAAAAAAAAAAAAAAAAAAAAAAAAAAAAAA